CCAAGACCGAGUGUUCAAGAUCACAGUCCAACCACCGACAACUUCGACAAAAUGGCCCCCGUUAGCAAGAAAGGUACGAAUAUGAAAGGAUAGCGACGCUGCGACAAUCUACACGCUAGCCGUGUCAUUUUCCACAAUGUAUCCCGCAUCACGCAGCAGCAGAUCUUGCGAGUUCUGAAUAGAGCGAUUGCUGAUGCGUUUUCUCAUGUAGCUGCCCCCAAGGGCUCCAAGCAGGCCAACGCCGCUGCCAAGGCUGCUCUUAAGGGUACUCACUCCAACAAGCAGCGCAAGGUCCGCAUGAGCAACUCUUUCCACCGCCCCAAGACCCUUGCCCUUGCCCGCGCUCCCAAGUACCCCCGCAAGUCUAUCCCUCACCAGCCUCGCCUCGAUGAGCACAAGAUCGUUAUCCACCCUCUCAACACUGAGAGCGCCAUGAAGAAGAUGGAGGAGAACAACACCCUUGUCUUCAUCGUCGAUGUCAAGGCCAACAAGGCCCAGAUCAAGCUUGCCCUGAAGAAGCUUUACGACAUCGAUACCGUCAAGAUCAACACUCUCAUCCGCCCUGACGGUACCAAGAAGGCCUAUGCCCGCCUGACUGCCGAUGUCGAUGCCCUCGAUAUCGCUGCCAACAAGCUCUCCCUCGUUUAAAAGUCGAUUUAAUGCAAACGGUUUGAGAUGAUGGAUUUGGGUUUCUUGAAAAUAGCUGCAUGUAACGGAACUGGCGCAAUAAGCUUUUAAUAGCUACGGUAUCAAUGAUUAAAUAUUCGCAUAAGCGAACAGAUCUACGCGUGGCAAAAUUUCAUUAAUUUAUCCAACAUCGCAAGAGUGUGGCGGCUGUGUCAAUAUCCCCAAUGCCAAUGUGCUGUAAAUUGUUAUUAUAAGUCUAGUGUACAAUGUCUAACCAAUGCUCAUGUCUGUAUUGGACAAAUUAUGAUCUCAUCUUCUGGAGAUACUGCAUAGUUAAAAAGUUGGUAUCCAAGAAUCGUUCGACGCAGUUGGCCAGACAUGUUUCCUCAGAACUGUCGAGUUUCGAAUUGCGGAUGUUUCCUGUAACGCAACGUUUCCAGCACAUUUGCGUGAGUUUGUGUGUUUCUAAGAUCGCAAGACGGUCAGCGAGAACCCUUUGGUUACAGUUAGGGGAGAUGCCAUACGAGACUGGAUCAUAGCUCGCUGCUCUUCAUUAGCGAGGAAUUGUCGGAGAUCGGCCUUAUCUUUGUCGUUAAGACGUUCAAGAUCGGCAUUUUCGAGUCCUGCUUGAGCGGUAUUCAUGGCGGAGAUGCGAUACGUAGCUUUGGUGAUAGUAAUUGUUUGUGUUGUUCGCAGAGGCCGUGGUAUGUUUGCGCGGAGUUUUUCCUAGUGGCUCAGAAAAAUGACUACUGUACCACAGCGCUCCUAUCCUGAGGCGUUGCGGGUCUGCAUCAGUCCAUUACGACACACUCUUAAAUGGUGUAGCUCAGAUAUUCAUCUUCGAUUGGAAAGAAAAUUGGUGAAAAAGAAACCUAUGUAUUAAUUUGCUUCCACCCAUUUUUUUGCGCCG